UCUCCCACCUCUGGAAACCCAACCAUCCCCUCAAAUCAUGGUUUCUUCCUUUUUGUUGUCCACCCAGUCUCCUUUAACUGUCCUCUUCUUCUUGGUCUUCUUGGUAGGCACCGCUUCAUUUCAUGGUGUACGCAUUUUUGCUUCCUCCAUUUCUUUUUCCCCUAUCCAGAUGACCGAGAAUAAGGAUGGAGCAGAAGCUCUCUUGAAUUGGAAGUUUACUCUUGACAACAAUAGUUGGUCUCUCCUCUCUUCAUGGGAUGGCGACAAUCCUUGCAGCUUUACCGGUGUCACUUGCAAUGACUUUGGAGCCAUCACCCAUCUAAAUCUUUCCAAUCUCGGUAUAAGAGGAACUCUAGAUAGCCUCAACUUUUCACACUUAACCAGUGUGGUUAGCUUUGAACUUGCCAACAACUUGAUCUAUGGCUUCCUCCCCUCAAGUAUCGGUAACCUUUCCAAACUCAACUCUCUUGAUCUUUGCUUCAAUGAACUGUCUGGGGACAUUCCUCCAAGUGUAGGUUUGCUAGAGAGUCUUCAUUAUUUGUACCUAUGUGCAAACAACCUAAGUGGACCCAUCCCUCAGGAGAUUGGACAAUUGGAUUCUCUUUUGAAACUUGAUUUUUCCAAAAACAAGUUAAAUGGUCCUAUCCCUGCUUCACUAGGGAACUUGAGCAGCUUGAUUUAUCUUCAUUUACAGAAAAACCAACUUUCUGGGCUCAUUCCUAGUUCUCUUGGAAAAUUAGGCAAUUUAAAUAACUUCAGCCUUUCAAGAAAUAAUAUUUCCGGUUCCAUUCCCAGAGAGAUAAGUGAUUUGAGGAAUUUGAAGUUUCUUUCCUUACAACAAAAUAGACUUUCAGGACCCAUACCUUUAGACAUUGGGAGGCUCACUUCUCUUUUGGACUUCACCUAUCAUCCAACAAUAUCAACGGCUUAAUUCCUCAUUCCAUCGGAAACUUGACAAGUUUAUCUAUUCUUCGUUUAUCGAGAAAUAGAUUGUCGGGAUCCAUCCCUUCAGAAAUUGGAAGAUUGAUACAUCUCAAACACUUGGAUUUGUCAAAAAACGAUUUGGUUGGUCCAAUCCCGUUGUCUCUCCUGAACUUGAGUAGUCUAAAUGCUUUACGCCUUCUCUCAAAUAAUCUUUCAGGCUCAAUUCCACAAGACUUAGGGAAAUUGAUAUCUCUUACAAAAAUAAAUUUAGGUCUGAAUAGUUUGACCGGUCCAAUUCCUGCAUCAAUUGGAAGCUUGCCCAAUCUAACUUUGUUACACCUCGAGGGAAACAAACUCUUUGGUCCCUUGCCUUCUGAAUUUAAUAAGUUAACACGUCUGAGUUCUUUGAGCUUAUCUCAUAAUGAACUAGAGGGGGAACUGCCAGAAGAUGUAUGUCUCGGGAGAUCAUUGCGAAAGCUCACUAUCAACAAUAAUCAUUUCACUGGCCCUAUACCGAAAAGCUUGAGGAAUUGUACUUCAUUAUUCAGAGUGAGACUUGAGGGAAACCAACUCAUUGGAAACAUAACAAAAGCUUUGGGAAUAUAUCCUCAUCUAAGUUUUAUGGACUUGAGUCACAAUCAUUUCAAUGGCGAACUUUCAUGGAAAUGGGAGCAUUGUGAUAAUUUGACGAGUUUAAGGAUAUCAAACAACAACAUUUUUGGUCAGAUACCAACAAUAUUUGGAAGGAUGGCUCGAUUACAAGUACUAGACCUUUCUUCAAACAAUUUAAUUGGAGAUAUUCCAAGGGAAUUGGGAAGUCUGUCGAUGUUGUUAGAACUUGAUCUAAGCAGCAACGCCAUCACAGGAAAUGUCCCGAUUGAGAUUGGACUUUUAUCCGACCUGGCACGUCUAAACUUGGCAUCAAACAAUUUGAGCGGAUCGAUACCGGCGCAACUAGGUACAUGCAUGAGCUUGUGGAGCUUGAACUUGAGUAGAAACAAAUUCCAGAGAAGCAUUCCUCCUAAGUUGGGCAACAUAAAAUUCCUUGAGUUUCUUGAUUUAAGUUAUAAUAAUCUGUCUGAAAAUAUACCAGGAGAGCUUGCAAAGAUGAGAAUGUUGCAAGUUUUAAAUAUUUCCCACAAUAGCCUGUCUGGUACCAUCCCAAAUACUUUUGGUGAUAUGUUGGCAUUGACUUUCGUUGACGUAUCCUACAAUGACCUAGAAGGUCCUCUCCCAAAUAACAAGGCUUUUAAUGAGGCCCCCUUUGAAGCAAUUCAACACAACGAAGGACUCUGUGGAAAUGCUAUUGGUUUACCAAAAUGCAAUGGGAGCAAGAAUCGCAAUCAAGGCAUUGCAGCUAGAAUCAUGAUGAUCCUUAUCCUCUCAUUCUUGGGGUUCCUCGUUCUCUCUUCCACUUUGAUUGUUCUUGUCAAUCAUUAUCGAAGAAGGAUUAUCAAGAGAGAGGAUAACGAAGGGGCAAACAAUCAUAAUCAAAGAAGGAUUACCAAGAGAGAGGAUAAUGAAGGGGCAAACGAUUUGAAUUUCAUGCAUAUUUUAGGUUAUGAUGGCAAAGUUUUCUAUGACCGAAUCAUCGAGGCCACGGAAGGAUUUGACUCCAAGUACUAUGUGGGUGAAGGAGCAUAUGGAAUUGUUUAUAAAGCUGAGAUAUCAAAAGGUCAAACGGUUGCUGUCAAGCGAACCUUGUCAUCCCAAGAAGAUAGUGGGAUUGUUGAUAUGAUACCAUUUAAAAGGGAAAUUCAAGCCUUAACAAAUAUCCGUCACCGCAACAUCGUGAAAUUUUAUGGAUUUUGCUUUCAUGCCCAAUGUUGUUUUUUGGUAUAUGAGUACAUGGAAAGAGGAAGCUUGAGGAUGAUUUUGAAAGAUAAUGAAAGAGCAAGAGAAUUUCAAUGGGACAAGAGGGUAAAUGUGGUUCGAGGAGUUGCAGAUGCAUUGUGCUAUAUGCAUCAUGAAUGUUCACCUCCAUUGUUACAUCGAGACUUGACCAGUAAUAAUAUUCUAUUGGAUCUCGACUAUCAGGCUCACGUUUCCGAUUUUGGCACUGCAAGACUAUUGAGGCCGGAUUCAUCAAACUGGACUGCUGUUGCUGGCACCAUCGGGUAUAUUGCUCCAGAGUUGGCUUAUUCUACCAUUCCUACUGAAAAGUGCGAUGUGUAUAGCUUUGGAGUUGUCGCAUUAGAGACAAUCAUGGGAAAGCAUCCGGGAGAUCAUCUCUCUCUAGAAUAUUCAUCAUCCCUCCAAACUGAAUCAGUGAUGUUGAAGGAUGUGCUGGACCAACGUCUCUCGCCUUCUACACUUGGCCUUCAAGAUGCAAGGGAUGUGGUCUUGAUCGCCAAGCUAGCAUUCGAGUGCUUGCAAGCCGAUCCGAGGCUUCGACCGACCAUGGGACAAGUCUCACGUGAGCUUCACUUUCAAGUACCCCUGGAUAUACCACUCUCUGCAAUCAGCUUAGAGCAACUUCGCAAUCUUAAUGUCGAAAAAUUUAGAGCAUCUCAGGAGAUGAGCUAGCUUGUCUAUGAAAGUCACAUGAAGAGUGCAAUGUUUAUAGUUUGAAGUUGUGGUACUGGAAAUAAUUAUGGGAAGACUUAUGAGAAGAUCCCAUUUCACAAUAUUUCCAUCAUUUUGCAGAGAUUAGGAAGUGAAUUUGCAAAAUGCACUAGAUCAACAUAUCUUGCAUUUGUCUGAUAUGAGAUGUAAGGAACAUCUAGUUUCUA